AUGCAACAGGAGUUUGAAAUGAGUAUGAUCGGUGAACUGACCUAUUUUCUAGGACUACAGGUUCAACAAACCAAUGAAGGUAUUUUUAUAUCUCAAGAAAAAUAUGCAAAAGGACUUCUAACGAAGUUUGGACUCGAGUCAGCUAAAGAAGCACGAACGCCAAUAUCUACAACUACAAAAUUAAGCAAAGAUGAACCAGGAAAGCCAAUUGAUCCUACUCAAUACAGGAGCAUGGUCGGAAGUCUACUAUACCUAACAGCAAGUCGUCCAGAAAUUAUGUUUAGUGUUGGAAUAUGUGCCAGAUUUCAAGCUGCCCAUAAAGAAUCACAUCUCAAAGCCGUGAAAAGAAUAAUUAAAUACGUCAAAGGUACUCUCGAUUAUGGCAUUUGGUUUUCCAAUGAUACUAACUUGAAUCUUGUAGGAUACAGUGAUCCGACUGGGCUGGGAAUGCAGAUGAUCGCAAAAGUACCUCUGGUGGUUGUUUCUUCUUUGGAAAAAACUUAG